AGCGCCGCUAUCUUUUCUUUCACUCUCCUCAGAAGCGAAGUCUUUUGAUUGUUAAACCCCUAAACCUAAAUAAACCCUUUUCUACCUUGUUCAUCCUCGUUCUGCGCCGCGCUCUUCUCUCUCGAUUCGUACCUCCCAAGCUAGUUUCAUAAACAAUGAUAACUUCAGUGUCGUGGAUACCUAAAGGCUCUCUAAAAGCCGUUCCUGAUGUUGCUGAACCUCCUUCAAAUGAAGAAAUCAAAGAGCUCAUUGAGAGUGGAGCUUUCGCGGGAAGUGUCGACGGUAGUCACGAGGAUGAGGAAGAGAUAGAAGAAGAAGAAGAAGAAGAUGGGAAUGAGGUUAGUGAAGUUGAUCAUGCCAAGGCUGUAGCAGAAGCUUUUGGCAAAUCUUCCAAAAGCAAGAAGGCUUCUUCUUCAAUGGAGGUCGAUGAGGUAACGGAUAGCUUGAAAGAACUCGACAUGGAUAAUUAUGAUGAAGAGGAUGAUGGAAUUGAACUCUUCAGCUCUGGACUUGGUGAUCUAUAUUAUCCGAGUAAUGAGAUGGAUCCAUAUCUGAAGGAUGCUGCUGAUGAUGAUGAGGAUGAAGAGGAUAUUGAUGACACGACAAUCAAGCCAAACGAUUCAGUGAUUAUAUGCGCUAGAAAUGAAGAUGAAGUCAGUCAUCUAGAGGUUUAUGUAUACGAGGAUUCAUCUAAUGGAUCUCCAAACAUGUAUGUUCAUCAUCACAUAAUUAUACCGGAGUUUCCGUUGUGUACCGCAUGGAUGGAUUGUCCUCUUAAAGGAGGGGAAAAAGGGAAUUUUGUAGCUAUUGGUUCAAAGGAUACCCCAGCAAUAGAGAUAUGGGAUCUUGACGUUAGGGACGAGGUGCUACCUUGUGUACAACUAGGAGGAAAAGAGGAGGAGGUGGAGAUUAUUAAGAAAAAGAAGAGCAAGAAAGAUAAGAAUAAGAAAGUGAAGAGUAAGAAGCAGAAAUUCAAAGAAGGUAGCCACACCGAUUCAGUACUUGGUCUUGCUUGGAACAAGGAGUUUCGGAAUAUACUUGCUAGUGCUAGUGCCGACAAAAAGGUUAAGGUUUGGGAUGUGGCUACUGGAACAUGUAAGAUUACUAUGGAGCAUCACACAAAGGAGGUUCAAGCAGUUGCUUGGAACCAUUAUUCUCCAGAAGUGCUUCUCAGUGGAUCAUUUGAUCAAACUGUUGUAUUGAAAGACGGAAGACAACCUUCGCACUCUGGUUUCAAAUGGUCUGUCAUGUCUGAUGUCGAAAGCUUAGCCUGGGAUCCCCACAGUGAACACUCCUUUGUGGUAAGUCUCGAGGAUGGGACCGUGAAAGGUUUUGAUAUACGUGCUGCACAGUCUGGUUCAGAUACUGAUUUAAAACCAAGUUUCACUAUCCAAGCACAUGACCAAGACAAAGGAGUCUCCUCCAUCGCAUACAACAUUUCUGCACCCAAUCUUUUGGCUACGGGAUCUAUGGAUAAAACGGUAAAACUUUGGAAUCUUUCAAACAAUGAGCCUUCAUGCAUUGCUUCACACAAACCAAAAGCUGGAGCUGUAUUCUCCAUUUCCUUCUCAUUGGACAACCCUUUCUUGCUCGCUAUUGGUGGUUCAAAGGGAGAGCUACAUGUUUGGGAUACACUAUUAGACGCCAAUGUCGCUCACAAAUAUGCGAGCAAACAACCUUGAGUAAGCCCACAAGGAUCACUUGUUUCUUUGAAGCUGUGAUGGUCUUUAGAUUCCAUCACACUCGUGCCAAAUUUUUGCAGCUUCUUUUUCUUUCUUUUUUUUGUUCGGAAGUUUUGUUUCACCCCCUAUGAUUGUGGUUAAUCGUGUAAGGGUGUGAGCUUUUAUAUAUUUGUUUGAAUGCUUAAGCUUGGCAAAAGCCUUUUUCAAGUUAUCAACUAAGAAGAUCCAAGUUUACAUUUAUCACAUGUUUAAAUCUAUGAAUGCUAAUAACAGAUAAUGUGUAAUUGACGAGAUAUUAUGCCGUUGAUGUUUGAUCUAUUAUGGAACGUAGUAUA